CUGCCCUUGGAAAGCUGAUACAAAGUGAUACAUUGCAAGACCUUCCUUAUUGAUUCAUUCUUCCUCCUUUUGCUGUAGAGGUGUAUACAGUUUUACAGUUAGAGGUUUUAUGGACAGUGCUAACAUGACAUGCAUCUAUACAAUCCCUAACACUGAGGAGCAAGUUAUUUAUCUGAUAGUGUUUCACAUCUGCUUCUUCAUGUUCAUAUGGUCCUAUUGGAAGACCAUCAUUUCCAAGCCAGCCAUCCCCUCGAAAGAGUUCUGUCUCUCUAACUCGGAGAAAGAGCUGUAUGAGAAAGAGGAGAGACCAGAAGCCCGGCAGGAAAUCCUGAAGAAAGUGGCUAGGGAAUUGCCCAUAUAUACACGCACAGGAUCUGGGGCUAUCCGUUACUGUGACCGUUGUCAGCUACUCAAACCAGACAGAUGUCAUCACUGCUCUACCUGCGACAUGUGUGUCCUGAAAAUGGAUCACCACUGUCCCUGGGUUAAUAACUGUGUUGGAUUCUCCAACUACAAGUUCUUUGUGCUGUUCCUGGCGUACUCUAUGCUGUACUGUGUCUUCAUUGCCGCUACCGUUUUGCAGUACUUUAUCAAGUUCUGGACAAAUCAGCUGCCGGACACUCACACAAAGUUCCACGUGUUAUUCCUCUUCUUUGUUGCGGCCAUGUUCUUCAUUAGCAUCCUGUCACUUUUCAGCUACCACUUAUGGCUGGUGGGAAAAAACAGAACCACUAUCGAGGCUUUCAGGGCACCGGUGUUUAGAAAUGGCCCAGAUAAAAAUGGUUUCACCAUUGGCUUUCGCAAGAAUAUCGCUCAGGUGUUCGGAGACCAGAAGAAAUACUGGUGCUUACCUGUUUACACCUGUUUGGGAGAUGGGUACACAUUCCCUACCCGCCUAGUCAAUGUUGACUCAGAGCAAGGCAAUGUUGAACACCAGACUAUUAAAUGCACAGUUGAUGGACAGACAAACGCCAGACCUCUGAGUGAGUCACAGAAUCAUCUCCUAGGCAACGAUGUGUACUCUGAGGAACAAAAAGAUGGAAGCCCUGCAAAUAGCGAGGGAUGUCAAAAUGUUUCCGUUACCAUGGUGAAUGAGUCGUAGUCAGGAUUUUGGAAUGGCACAAAUAAGUAUUUGGCUUUCCUCUCUUAAGGAUACUCUUGUCUUAAGACCUCACACGAAAGACCACAUAGCCCUCAGAUAUAAUGCCUUAAGGUUAGCAGCAUUAUAUCAUCUGUAUGGAAACGAUCUGCAGCAUGCCGCUGUGGUGGAUGUAUUUAAACUGCAUUUAUAUCAGUAUAGACUCUUUGCACCAAACAUCAACUGAACUGAACGGCUCUUUCACCGGUUUUUAUGAUGCGGUGACUAACAGCACUUGGUAAUUCAGUGUUUUCCUUUUGCUCUGUACAUACUGUAUACGUUUUUUGUUUGACCAAAUACCCUAAGCUGAUCAUUUUUUUUUAUUUUUUAUUUUUUUUUUAUUUAUACUGUUUAUCUCUGGGACUGCUUUGCAUAGGCCAAAAAAAAUGAUAGGUUAUUUUAUUACAGGUGUUGUAUACCCAAGAUGCACUUUUGUCACCAAGGAUAUUUUAGGAAGGUUUUUGGGACAUAAAUUAAUACUCAAGUGAAAUGCAGUAUUUGAUAAGAAUGUAUUAAUCCACAGACUUACAUUCACUACACAUCAGCCUUAACCUAAACUUAUGUACUGGUUGACUCUGAAUGGAAUGUCAGUCAAAGGAUUUUGCCAGAUAAUUUUGGAAAAAGUGCUAUGAUGAGGAAUUUAAUAUUUUCGAAAAUAGUCAUCAUUUAUUAAAAAUUGUCAUUAUUUACUCAUCUUCAUGUUGCUUCCACUUUCUACUGUGGAACACAAAGAUGUUUGGCAAAAUGUUAGGGACUGACAGCAUCAGUCACCAUUCACUUUCAUAUUAUGGAAAAUAAGAUGCAGUGAAAGUCAACUGGGACUGACAACCUCAAUCACGAAAUUUUUGGGCGAACUACAAUAUGCCUUUUAACUAAAAAGUUCUUCAUGGAAAGAUUCUUUAUAAUUGUCAGUGGUGUUCUACAGCUUUUAGGUCUCAGUAUUUGUUGUAAGGGUUGGUUUAACAUGGGUGUCACACAUUCAUCAACACUAAAGUUUUUUUUUUUGUUUUGUUUUUUUUUUUGUCAGACCUCUUUUUUUUUUUUUUUUUUCACAUUUUGUACUAUCAGCUUUGUGCCUUCAGUUGAGGGUUUUAUUUUAUGCCAGAUUGUGAAAUGUGUGACAUUAAAGCACACUUAAAUUAUUCAAGAUUGUAUAGCACCGUAAACACCACUUGGAACACUUUCUAAUUACAAAGGAACUCAGGCCAAGUAGUGUGAAACUUAAAUUCAUCUUUUUUAGCAAUGUAUUACAAGGCAAAAAAACUAAUAAUGGCAAAUUGUUUCACGUGGAGUUUUGACAUAAAUGUAAUGUUUGAAGCUAGUUAAAACCGUUUUCUUGCUCGUGUGUGUGUGUGUGUGUGUGUGUGUGUGUGUAUGUAUAUAUAUAUAUAUAUAUAUAUAUAUAUAUAUAAAAAUAUUUUUUUCUUUUUUCUUUAAAGGUAUAGUUCACCCACAAAGGAAAGUUAUGUCAACAUGUACUCGCUAUUCUAAACCUGUUUGACUUACUUUGACAAACACAAAAUGAGAUGUUAAGCAGAAUGUUAGGGACUGACAGCUUCUGUCACCAUUCUCUUUCAUUGUAUGUAUAUGUAUGUGUAUGUAUAUGCGUAUAUGUAUAUAUAUGUAAUAUAAAAUAUAUAUAUUUUUUUUUUUUUUUCGCCGUACAGUGAAAGUGAAUGGUGACUGAAGCUAUAAAUUAUGACUGAACUUUCGCUUUUGGGUGAGCUGUCCCUUUAAGGUGUUAUCAUGGAAGUGAGAUUUGUUUACAGCUGUAUUUUGCUGUCUUGUUAUUUCUCAAAGAUUGUGACCUCCGAUUUGUAAAAGGAAGUCUUACAUGAUCAUGAGAUUAGCAGACUGAAAAAUGCGUAACAGUGCUUCUAAAUGUGAUCAGUCUUAAAUGUCAAAACAACUCACCAUUUCAGGUCUGAUUCUGAAAAAUUUGGUGAAUCAUGUUGUUCAUUUGCUUUAGAGUUGGAUAUCUUUUUUUUUUUUUUGUAUAAUUAUGCACAACCCUGUUGCAUAGCAUUGAAUUUCCUGUUUAAGUUAUUGCAUGUCAGUGUGAGCAAUGUUGAAAAACAAUGGUCUAGAUAAUGAAGUGGUUUACCACAUUAUGAACUCACAUCAACAUUUAUGCGGAAAUGGAGCUGACGUAAUCAUGGCAACAUCGUUAUACCAAAAUCUGCAGUUUGCUUAAAAAUAAUUACUGAUGGGCUGCUAAAUCUGCUGGAGGUUAUAUGAGUUUUGUAUCAUAUAAAUAUGGGCAAAAACAGUGAUUAUGCCAAAAAAUAUUUUAAUAUCCAGAAACUCACUUAUUAAUCAUUUAAUCCCUCAUGAACUUGUAAUAUUACUGGAAUUAAAUACCAAAUGUAUCAAGGACCAUUUUUCUCUUCAGAUGUUUUUUUUUUUACAAAAAAAUUGCUUGUACAGAAUUUUCAGCUUUUGUUUUUUGUACCUAACCUGUAGCCCAGUUUGGUUCGUUAUAUUUUAAGUCUCAACAGUUUGCACAGAUUUUUCAUGUCUAAUUAAUGUUUGUACUUUGCAGAUUAAACAAUUAUUCAAUUAUGCA